AUGGAGAGGGCAACGACCGAGUGCCGAAGACUGCCACCACCGGCGGCAACAGAACCAACAGUGGGCGUGACAUGCGACGACGCCUCACGCGCGCUUCUGCUGCCGGAGGGCCUUCUCCCUGUAGUGGGCCUCGUGGUCGCGGGCGGUCCCGUGCAAAUAGUCCAGCAGGCCGACGUUGCCGAAGUUGCAGUUGAACAGCUCGUGAUGCAAAUCAUGCACGUUGGGCUGGUGGUCCAGGACGGUCAUCCAAGGCCACUUGUGGCCGCUGUGGUGCGUUUGUGUGCCCAUGACUGCGUUCGCGACCCAGCAAUACGCGAAGAAGAUGUUGAACUGGUAGACGCUGCAUAUGCCGAGGAAGGGCCAGAGGUUGGACAAUAA